AUGCAGCCGUGGGUCAUUCUAGUCCUGCUUCUGCCACUUGCCACUGGCGAUGUCAGUCACCUUCACACCGAGUCCGAGGCUGACUCCCAGGACAUUCAGAAGGAUCCUUCAUCGUCGGGCUUCUAUCCAUCUGUGGGACCUGGCUUGGCCCUGCCACCGGGUUAUGCCAUUCCCACGGGAGGCAAUGUACCGCCGCCACCUGCCCAACCGCCCAACUUUCCGCUGCCCAUCUAUCCGCCCUUCUUUGGCUUUGGCGGAGGUCCUGGCGAGCAGGGACCAGGCAUAGGUCCUGUGCCCUCAGCCUAUCCCAAUGGUGGGGGAGCCUUUCCGGGUGCGGGUCCUCCCAGCGCAGCUAUACAGCAACCUCCUGGUCCACCUGGUGCUUUUCCUAGCGGAGGAGGAGCAGGUUUCCCACCUCAGGGAGCAGGAUUCCCUCCUCAGGGAGCUGGCUUCCCACAGCAGGGAGCUGGUUUCCCGCAACAAGGACCUAGUUUCCCUCCUCAAGGAACAGGAUUUCCUCCCCAGGGAGCUGGUUUCCCCCCUCAGGGAGCAGGUUUCCCACCUCAGGGAGCAGGAUUUCCUCCCCAGGGAGCAGGAUUCCCUCCUCAGGGACCAGGAUUCCCUCCCCAGGGAGCAGGAUUCCCUCCACAGGGAGCAGGAUUUCCUCCCCAGGGAGCUGGUUUCCCUCCACAAGGUGCCUUCCCUCCCCAAAAUGGACCUUUUCCACCUCAGGGAGGACCCUUCCCCCCACAUGGAGGACCCGUAGAUGCAUUCCCAGGAGCUAAUUUCCCAGGUGGUCAAUUCCCAGACUUCCUAACCAACCAAGGACUACCCCUGGCCAACUCCCAGGGUCCGUUCCAGGGACCCAACCCAGCGGGUUUCAAUGUGCCCGUGGGCUUUGGUGGACCCCUGCCUGGCCAGAAUCCGUAUCAGCAAUUUGGACCUGGAUUCGGAGGACCAGCGCCACCUGGUUACUCCGAUGAACCAGAGCCACAGCCGGAACAGGAGCAGGUGCGUGACCAGGAGAAGGUUGAGCCACCUCCAGUGCCCGAGGCUGUGGCUGAGGAUGCCAAGAGCGGAGCGGAUACCGUGUACGCAUCAAAUGGUGGCUAUGUCUAUCAGAGGGCCAAGUGA